AUGAAUUCCUUUGCAGAAAUUAAAGAAGCGGUUCCCGUGGGCAACGGAUGUCCUGUUACUGCCCCAUGGCCCUGCCAACAGUACUUCUUUUGUCUCUCGUUUGCAUUCGUCUGCGAUGGAGAAAUCGACUGCCCUGAUGGCUACGACGAGAAUCCGCGUUUGUGUGUUGCGAAAAAUCGUCCAGCCGUUGCACUUUUGGAGGGUUUCAUCACGAAGUACAGACACUGGCUCGUUCCAAAGUACCUGGGGAACGGCGAGCCCAAAUUCAUUGCUUACAACCUCGCAAUUAGUCAAAACAUCGAGGACUACCGAAAGAACAUGCAGUUGACCGAGGAACAGUUCAAUAAUCUGGCUCGCCUUCUAGACGAGGUGGUGAAAGGCCGUCAAAUGGGUCUCCUGAUGCUGGGAAUGCCACUGCAGUCUUGGUCAGAAGUGUACAUUGUCCUUCGACCGGUGGCAAAGGGUCUUCUCUACUCCUCGUCCCACAACCAAUCCUGA